UUUAAAGUCAAAAUCAUGAAACUGGAACGAACCGUUGAUAAAAUUGAGAAACAGAAUCAAAUUAUAUCGCAGGCUCCAGCCAGUUCAUCAUUACCAGUAAAAUUCCAAUUAUCUUCCCCACCACCUAUCGAGGACCACUCUGAUAAGGAAUAUAGCAUCAAAAAUGAUCAAAGUCAUGUGAUUUUAACUGAGUCACCUUCAUUGCAAACUGAAGUGUCUAAGUUAGAACAGGAUGACAAAAUUGAUAAAAACCAAAUUAUUGAAUAA